AUGCAAUUGCUUAUAUUUUCCAUAUUUUUAUUGCUGCAAAACUUUCAUUUUGCAGAGAAUGAUUGUAUCCCACCAUCGAUACCAACGAGAGAUAAGCAUGGCUUCGAUUGUUGCAAGCUGCCCCCGGAACCGUUUCCACACAAAGCAAUAUAUGAGGAAUUUUGUAGUCCGGUUUAUUUCGGUGUUAUGGAAGAACAUCCCAAUGGUCGAUUCUGUCGAUUAAGUAGUACCCAGUAUAGAAAAUCAAUACCUUGUGAAAGUGGAUGGGUUAUGUUUUAUGAAGGAUACAAUCAAUUUUGCUAUAAAGCGUUUACAAUAACAUCAUCAAAAGAUGCAAUCGAUAUAUCGAGCAAAAAAAGCGAUCCGUGUCAAAACAAACAUAAAAGAGCAAGUCUGGUUCGAGUUCCAAAUGAAAAUAUUAAUAUGUUCCUUUUUGUAAAGGUAUUAAAUGGCGCACUAAAUUUAUCAUGCUCGACAACGGAUGCAAAUACUUAUUACUAUUAUAUCGGCCUACAUAGAAAUGAUUUCAACUGGCAAUGGCGUCCAUAUCAUGAAAAAUCUUAUUCACAUUUAGAAGAACAGGCACAGCAACUACUAGAUUAUUUAAAUUCACCACAUUCACAACAUAUUUGGUCUGAUGGAACGAGAAUUUUUGCAGAUGGUUGGGAUAAUGCUAAUGAUAUUACCACAAAUGUUGUCAUUUCAAAUUGUUAG